GAGGCAAAUAGGCAACCAGGUUGGGCAUUCUGCUCAUACCGCUCACUUCAGCGAACAUUUACUCCGCCGUCUCUCCGAAUCUUGCACCUUCAUUCUAUUUAUUUAUUCCAUUUUGACCAACACCAUUCAAUCAGCAAACUCACCGCAUCAAAUCGUUCCAGAUGACGCCACAAGACAGUGAGACAAGUCGGGACAACGGAGUGGUCCUUGAUGCCCAACACAGCCUCGUCGCGAAACCCGUCAAGUCACAGCAAUCUGACUUCCACGCGAAGUCCAGCCCGAAAUCUAUUGCCGGAUUACUCGAACACGGUACCGGACUGCCGGAUCCAGAGUACCGCAAUGUCGCAGGCCAUGUCUCUCGGCGACCCGUCUCUGUGAGAGCAGAACCUCCCCCAACCAGUUCAUCGCGAGCAACGUCGACCCCACAAAGACGUCAAGAGGAACAGAGAAAAAGGCGCAGGCGUAGGCUUGGAAAAUUCGACGACGAUGAUUCCGACGACUCCGACUCCGACGAUCGAAAGAAGAAUCAUGGCAAGGGUGGUCUCAAUCUCCCGACCCGUCGACAGCGAACGCAGCUGGUCGAAUCGUACCGUACAGAGUCUUUAUCGCUCGAAUUAGAGGAAGAGAGACUUAUGGCCCUUCAACAGGCUCUACAAGGGGUCUCGAACACCUGGGAUAACAUUGGCCGGUACAGAACGCAAUGUCAAGAAGAGGGCGCACGGAGAAAGGUCGCUUUGAUCGAAUAUGACGAGAAAGAGCAGAGAGAGAGAGACCUGGACUUGCUCCAAUCUUCCAAUGGAAUAUCUCAGCCCGAAAAUGAUCAACCGAGUGCCUACAAACUAGCUGGCCCUUACCUCGUGAGGGCCGCCGCAAACAACCAUUCGAAUUGUCACAGGUAUCUCGACAACGCCUUGUAUCGUGACAUCAGCGGGAAGCUAGAUAAUGAUUCUAUCCUAUUUGACCCGUUUGAUCAUUUAGGGGACAUCUUAGAACGGACAGAAAAAGGAGUGGUCCGGCGGUGCAACUACUUCAACAAAUCGAGAAGAAACUGGGGCGCAAUGCCACAGAAAUACCCGGACAUUCUGAUCUCUAUUAUAGCAUCCAUGCAAAAGUCGGUAUGGAAAGAACUGUUCCCAAAGGGCCCAUUUCCCGCAGAUAUUACCAGAGAAAUCAGGGCGUUUCUGGCUACGAAGAAAGGCUGUAACACUGUCGCAGAGGGAUUUUCAGCCAAUCUGCUUGUUGACGGGUAUCUCGAAAAGAUCAUCGCGAGUUUAGCUGACGCUAUGAGACUCGACUGGGAAGGUGGCCGAACCAAACCUAACGCUGAAAGCUUGUGCGUUGUCAAGGCUCUCAAAGCCUCUCGCCAAGGCGGCAUUUUGACAACCGAAUAUCUGGACUGGGCGUGGACUGAUGUGAAUCGAAACGAACUUGAGAAGGCAGGCAUUGCGUGGCAACAUGAUCUCCAAUCCUCGCGAAUUGAAACGUUCCGCAGGACAAUGGCAGAUGCCAAAAUGACUGUUAAGCAAAGAUUUAUUCCAGACGUUAUGAAGCAAGGGACCCUGUCUCUAGUUUUAUUCAAGGGGAAUUACCCUUCAACGGUUUUGGAAGUUGAGCCCCAUGACCUUGAACGUCUAGGCUGGUGGUACGAUAUGCGGAAAGGAACAUACUGGCGAUACGAGAUCUAUGCAGACCACCCAGCUGGCUUGAGCUCCAGGCGAGAAACUGUUUUCAAGGUUAGUAUCGACGGCGAAGUGUUCUCGAUGCUGACCCUGAGCGGAAAGUGGCUGGAUUGGGAGGCUGUGAAUGAUAGAGGUAGUGACAUUGAUCAACCGGAAGGUUUGGGGGGUCGCGCUGGGCGACAACUUGGUCGGUACAGUUUGCCAUUGUAUAGGGACAUAGUACGUUGAGAUUCGGGGAGGGCUAUUUUGGUAACUCUGAUAUCUAUUGCGUUCAACACAAGAUUUGUCCUUGCCCCUAACAUAACGCUGACAUCCACACUUAUUUCAACUCCCAUGGCCAGCAUAAUGACUCUUAUCUCUGGGUAACGACCAUCACUGGCGAAAUUCCCUUUCGGCCCCUCCCAGACAAUCGAUAGCUUGAUGAGGCUGCUGCACACAUGUACGUGUACGCGGUCUAGACCUGCCAUAAGGAC